CAGUUCGUAGCUUAGCUGUGGAUCAAACACGUGUACGUGCCGGACGGUAGACCCCCUCUGCGGCGACAGCGUUUGCAGUAGCAGGUGAUAACCUGAGACCCCGAGCCCGACACUGGAGGGCGAGAUGAACGCGCUGGCUUCCCGAGCCAUCCGGAUCCGCGAUCGCUUGUGGCAGCCCGAGCCGGCCCUCCUGCCCCUAGGGUGACGCGCAGCCUCGAGUCGCACAGACAGAUGGCACCAGGCCAAGCGCCCCAUCAGUCUGCCCCCUGGAGGGGGUCCCACCCCUUUUUCCUCCUCUCCCCGCUGAUGGGCCUUCUCAGCAAGGCCUGGAGCCACCUGAGGGGCCCAGGACCUCCAGAACCCUGGCUGUUGGACCCAGUAGCCAGAGCCGAUCAAGGAGAAGCUGGGCCGGAGGGAAAAGCUAAGACUUUUCUGGCCACUCACCGUGCCCCGGAGGGCAGGCACUUCCCAGCAGAGACAGGAGAUGGUGGAGCAGCUGAGAAGGAUGGAGAAGGAUUCUGGGGGGCCAGCCACGAUCUAAAAGCCAGCCAUGAUCUUGAAGCCUGGGGACUUUCAGAUGGUGAUGAUGAAGAGGAUGGGGGGGAACAAACAACCACCUGCGUCCCUCAAGAGCAAGGAAGUGAAUUUGUGCGUGGCCGGCCUGCUCCCCGGUCCCCCAGCCUUCUAGUGAGAACGCUGCAGGGCCCCCCUGGGGAGGAGAAGUCUGAGGGAGGAGCAGCUGCUGAGGACGAAAUGGUCACGUUUUUCUCUUUUCCUCCAUCACUCUGGGAGUGUUGUCCGGGAGAGGAGGCAGAGGAAGGAGAAGCUAUAAACAAAGAAGCUGCCAGAACACCCACUUUCCCUUUAUCUCCAGGAUCCAAGCCCAAAGCUUGGGGGUAUUGGGCUGGGGAGGAAGGAGAUCAAGCGACAGAGGAAAAAAAGACAGAAAAUAACAAAGCCACAAAGAGCGCCGUUUCCCCCUCAUCUUCAGGCGUUCACCCGAGGGCCUGGGAGUGUGGUUCAGGAGAAGAGUCUGAGGAGGAGGAAGAUGAAUUCAAUGACUCGGGAGCAGCUGAGGAGGAAGGAGAAGCUGGGAGUCCCUCUUCCAUCCCACCCACAAGUGCUUUCAUCAGGGCCUGGGUGUAUCGGCCAGGAGAGGACACGGAGGAGGAGGAGGAAGAGGAGGAGGAAGAAUUCAGUGACUCGGGAGAAGCUGAGAGUCUGUCUUCAGUCCCACCCACAAGUGCUUUCAUCAGGGCCUGGGUGUAUCGGCCAGGAGAGGACACGGAGGAAGAUGAGGACAGUGAUUUGGGAGCAGCUGAGGAGGAGGGAGAAGCUGAGUCUUCCUUUUCUGUCCCCGCAACAGGUACCUUCCUGAGGGCCUGGGUGUAUCGGCCAGGAGAGGACACAGAAGAGGAAGAUGAGAAUGAGGAGGAAGAUGAUUCAGAAACCACUGACUCAGCGCCAAGUCCCUCCCUUCAGGCUCAGAGCGCCCUCCUCGGGAGCGGGAUCUAUCGGUCUGGAGAGGACACAGAGGGAAGGGAAGUUGCUAAGAGCCGGGGAGAAGCUGAGCCCCGCCCGCUCCGAGUGGCCAUCUAUUUACCUGGAGAGAGGCCACCACCUGCCUGGGCUCCUCCUCGGCUACCCGUCCGACUGCAGAGGCGACUCAAGUCCACAGAAACCCCCACCCGGCGUCCUGACCCUGAGAGUCCCGGAAAGGCCAGAAAGGUACAUUUCUCUGAGAAGGUCUCUGUCCAUCUCCUCGCUGUCUGGGCAGGGCCAGCCCAGGCCGCCCGCCGGGGACCCUGGGAGCAGCUCGCCCGAGAUCGAAGUCGGUUCGCCCGUCGCAUUGCCCAGGCCCAGGAGCAGCUGGGCCCGUGUCUCACCCCUGCGGCUCGGGCCAGGGCCUGGGCACGCUUCAAAGACCCUACGCCUCCUCUGGCCACCACACCCCCUCCUACCCAGAUCUUACCAUCGUCCUCCAUCCAGUCCACACCCCUGAGCCCUGUUAGGGCAUCUCCCUUCGAUCCUCCGUCCCCGUCUCCUGGCCUGGACCUCAGUGGGAGGCGUGGCUAAGAUCACGUAGUUUCAUAUUUAUAUUAUUUAUUUAUUUUUAUAUAUUAUUCUUUAUAUAACAAAACUUUCUGAUUUGUAGCAAGCAAUGUCCCUUUCACUGUGUGUCUGAACUGACCAUAUCCGCUAUGCUCGGGAUAAAGGGGAGCACUCAAUAGAGAAUAAACUAUAUUUUCCUGUCAUCUCUCAAA